ACAAUUUGGGGACACAAUUUGGGUACAUACCCAUUUCUUUUCCGAGUCCAGCCAAGCCCAGUUGACUUUAGUCUUUUGGCACGUCAGCCGUCGAUCUUGCCAGGUAUCCCAGUACUUUAGAUACUUUGGCUCAGCCUCGACCAUCCUCACGUCACACACACAGACGUACCCCUUCACAGUAAUUUGUGGGAAUUAGGUGGUCGUUCAGCGUUGCGCCUACUAGUCAGUCUGUCAGUCUGAUAUGACCAUAGGCUCCGCCUCGUGAUACACCCUUCCACAUCCUCCAUCCUAUUGCAUACUUCCACACUCACACAACCAAACAUCCCGGUCAUACGCCGUUGUUGUUUAAUAUAUUACCAACUGUCCACCACACCCGUCUCUGCUUCCCCGGAUUUAUUUUUCCCUUAGCUGUUGCACUUGGGAAUAUAUCAAGUCGCUGCCGGAUAUCGUCACAUUUGGUAUUUCAUCUUAGCAACGCGCAUCACAUCACACAUAAUGUCUUCGACAUCUAGGAUACCUAUGAGCGAGCUCAACGCCGCCGCUCUUGAGCACUUUGUAUAUAAGCCAGUAAGCCCGGCGAUGAUCGCAUAUCUGGCCCGUGCAGCACGCGAUGUCAUCCAGUGCGAUCCCACCAUGAUGCCCCCGCCAGUUCAGAGCAAGUCGCAAUCUCUUACACCACCGCGAACGCCAUCACCAAAAGCUGUCCGCUGCGACGACAGCAGCCUACCGACGUUAGAAGAGUUUAUCACACAACUAGUCCGUUCUUCAAACGUGCAGGUGCCCACUCUGAUGUCUACGCUGGUCUACUUGACACGAUUAAAGUCUCGACUGCAGCCCAUGGCCAAGGGUCUACGAUGCACGACCCACCGGAUUUUCUUAGCUGCGCUCAUUCUCUCUGCGAAGUACCUUAACGACAGCUCACCCAAGAACAAGCACUGGGCUGGCUACAGCCACAUAAACACUGAUAACUACAGCUUCGGUUUCAGCCGGACGGAAGUUAAUUUGAUGGAGAAGCAGUUACUAUUCUUACUAGAAUGGGAGCUGCGCAUUACCGAAGAGGACCUCUAUCGCGAGUUGGACCUCUUCUUGGCACCCAUCCGCGACAACAUCGAGGCCUCGCACGCCCGUCGCAUGCAGCGCAAGGAAAAGCUACGGAAGCAACAAGAGGCCGAAGAGUGGGCUGCUACUCAGCUCCCGUCGCCGCCGAGCUCACGCGACAGCUCACGAUCAAGGCAAGCUGCGCUACCUUACGAGACUGCCCGCAUGGUGCAGGAUGUUUCUACGCCACCAGGAUUGGUUUACAGCUCGUCAGCCAGCAGCAGUGGCAGUUCUUACGCUUCUUCCGUCUCUUCCCUGCACCACUCGCGGUCCUCAACACCGCUAUCAGAGCCGGGGGACGGAUAUGUCUCCUACGUUGACGGCUCGCUCUACGAUUCUCCCGUCGAAGUGGUCCUCGACAUGCCGCAGCCAGCGGCUCGCCUUAGGGGAUACCGCAGCAAGGAUGCCAAGCAGCUACUUCCAUAUGAGAUUAGCGCGGAUGAUUUACGAACUCUUCAGGACGGCAGUGCUAAAACAAAGCGCGCGAGGACCGGAAGGGGCGUGUGGGGCCGCAUGUUCGGAGGUGGCAUCACUUCACGAUAAUUAUUUCAUUUGUUUUGCUUCGGUGCAUUAUAGCCAGGAGUUACGGAUUUUGGAUAAAGGCGCAAAUUGUCACGAGCGGUAUUAAGACGCCAAAAAGAGGUUGAAGAAUUAUUACCUCUACUGUUGCCGCUUUCCCCAUAGAGUGGGUGGAACCUUGUCGUCAUUAUACCUACACGCACAGCAUUUCUUAAUAAUAGGAUGGGGACAAUAGGUGCGAUACAGGGCGGGCUUGGGCAUAAUAGGUACUACGGAAGAGUGGCGGAUGGUAGCAUGCAUUCUGGCAUUGAUUGCCUGUGGGGCACAAUGAUAAAGGGGAAUAUACAGAUCACUGGAGUUCCGGGUCUCAAGGGGAAGCAAAAAAUGAAUUCAUGGGUUGGGUACUACGGGUAUUGGGAUUGUUAAUGACAUCGAAGCAUUGAUGGGAUCUGUCGGCUCGACCGACGGAGAGACCAAUAGCUAGCUAAUUUACUGAAAUGGAAAUUCAACAUUCGGUAAAAGGAUGCCUCUUUCUUUGACUGUGAUUGUUAGAGUGAUUAAUACAAUUAAUACACGAACGGCAAAGA